AUGGAAGCUGCGGCGAAGACGGUCGAGCUGUUGACCCAGCGCACAUUACCCGAUACGCCCUACUACCUCUCCAACCACCCCGACUGGCGAUACCGCCCACGCCCCGACGAUCACUUGCGCCCUGAAGAGUGGCAUAGUACACGCCUUCAGUAUUCGACCUUACUUGCUGAGGCUGAUCGUGGUGUCCUCCUCACUCGACCCGACUACGACAUGCGUGAAGAGCCCCCCAAGCCUGCCUUGCGAGACGUUACCCAGCUUUCCAAGGCUGGCGGCGAAAAGAAGAAGCUGUCGCUGAGCGACUACAAGAACAAAAAGACCGCUGCCACUUCGCCUCCAGAGCCCUCCAUCCCAAGGCGAGAAGCCGAACGCGCUGGCGCCCCCUCGUCAAAACCCCUGGCUGGUUCUGGGGUUCGCCCCUCCUCUGAUGUCCGCGCCAUUGGCGACUCUAGAAGACCCCCCGAUGCGCGCCCUACCGAUGCGCGAAAAGACCGGCCCAGGGACUCUAGUGAUGGGAACUCUCGUAACAAGGAAUAUGCAGCCGACACGAGCUUACCCGUGAAACCACCGCUGAAGAACUACCCUCUGCCACCUCGCCCACCAUCGCCUGGUGGCAAGAAGCGCGUCGCGGACAACGACGACGAUCUCCGGCCACAAAAGCGAAGUCGACCUGAAAACUCUCGACCGAAUGACGAUCGCGCACUUCACCGUGACGACCCUGUGCGAAGGCGGGAUUCAUCCCUCGUUGGCGCUAGCCAUAGAGACUCUCCGCUCCUAAAUGGCAAGAGCUCUCUUCAAAGUGGCUCAGCAUUGGCCAAGGGCGCGUCUCCAGCAGGUCGUUCUCGUGGUGAUAUAAACGGAACUCAGCCUGGUGCAAUGAACAGAUCCACACACAAGCAAGAAAGCCCGAAAAAAUCUGUAGUUCCGCCAUUAUUGUCACCGCUACAUCUCGGUCCAGGUUUCGACGAGCCGCCGCCGCCGAAGAAUGAUAGAAGGAAAGCCGACGACACGCCACUGCGGUCGAAGAAACCGGAGAAUCUGGCGGAGGAAAAGAAACGGAAGCCUGCGGUCACUCUGCCGCCACUUCUAUCACCGACGCUCCCGCCUCACAUUGAGGCCGCCCUUCUACGUAGACAGCAAGGGUCGCCCGAAGCAGAUGAGCGGCCUAGGCAAAAAAGGGAUCCAGUGCCAAAGCACAAGAAGAGUCCUUCUGCGGACGAUAGCCUGGAUGAAGCGCCUGCGAAACCUCGACGCUUGAUAGUUAAACUCAGGAUCCCUGCGGGGCUACCACGCAAGAUGUUUCGCCGCAUCAUGGUCCAGUCGGCAACUGCACUUAGCCGCGACAAGGAGCGUUCUACAGACGACGAUCGGCAGCACGCCCGAAAAAGGCCCAUUGCUACAACCGAGCCCGACUCAUUGGCGAUGAAAAAGUCGAGGCCCUCCGACGCCGCCGGUCGCGGACCCACGACACCGCCGCGAAAGAAUCAAACGGCGAUGUCCCGAGCCAACUCGAACAACUCGACCGCUCACACGCCAGGCGAGCUGAUGGGAAGGACGCCAUCGUCUACCGGAGCCAGCGACAAGCGACCAAAUGGUGUUGCUCCGAGCAAACCGGACGCUGAUAGCCUCCGUGAGAAGGAGACUCGCCUGCGGCACUUGGGGAAACGGCUUAAGCACAGCGCCGAAAGCGCCUUCAACAAGGGCAAGCACAGCUCUACUGCGCUGAACAGCAAGGACAGCCGGCCGCGGUCAAACAGCGAGGAGUUCACUAACUCCUCUACCAAGCUUGGGCUGGUGCUGGCCGUCGAGAGCUCGCUGUGCUUUAUGCAGAUGUUCCAGGCCUUGGAAGCACUCACCGUCAUGCAAGGCAAGAAACCUAACGGCAAAAACUGGCCCACCGUGAUACCGGUCCUCCGCUUCUUUCUCAGCAAUCUGCAGCGCCCCGAGGGCUACCGACCCGUCCAAGCACUCCUCCUACUCCUGGAGGUCUUCGCCGCCGAUGAGAUCAUCAAGGCCACCCUGGCGAUGGACGUCGGUCCCGAGACGAGCCAGACGCUGUUCGUCACCGGGCGGCAGCGCGGCGCGGCGCUGGCGCAGGUGCGUGAAGUCUACGCGCACGUCGACAACCCGCGCCUGCGCGCCGACGUCGCCCCCUGGUCCUCCCUGGACGAGUUCACCGAGACAGCGAUGCGCGUCCUGAGGCGGUGGUGCGCGGAUGAGGACGUCGACUGGAUCCCGGAGCUGAGCCCUCGCGACUACGGAAGAUGA